AUGGCGUUGCCCAGGAGCGAGAUGACGUCGCCCAGGAGGGAGAUGACAUCGGCAUGCAGAGGGACGCUGAAGGAAGGUGUUAUCACAAUGCAGACCUCACAUCUUUCCAAUGACCUGCUAUCUGCUCCAGAACAUGCCAAGGCAGUGACCUUCAGGAAAUCAUCUCUGAACGAUGAUGGCUCGUUCCUGCCCAAGAAAAUCAUCCCAUCACGUCCUGGAACCAGAAGCCGCUCUACCACUUCCCUGCGUAAAACUGAGGACUGGUUAGCAUACAAGCCUUAUGUCCAGGUAAGCUGGUGCCACUGA